AUGAACACCGGAUUGUUGGAGUGGUGGCUGCAGAGAUUUAACCGCAAGAUGAGACGACAAGGAAGAAAAGUGUUACUGUUUGUCGAUAAUGCCCCAUCUCACCCUGCAACUCAACUCAGUAAUGUGAAAUUAGUAUUUCUGCCAGCAAAUACCACUUCCAAAUUGCAACCGAUGGACCAAGGCAUCAUACAAACAAUGAAGCUCAAAUACCGGAAAAGACAACUACAGCACGUGAUCUCUGCCAUGGAAAAGGAUACAAGCAAGUGUGGUUCACAGCUUCUGAAAGAAAUCAACAUUCUGCAGGCCAUCUACUGGAUCCACAAUGCAUGGAAACACGUGGAAGCAUCCACCAUCCAGAAGUGCUUCGCAAAAUGUGGGUUCAAAGAUUCUGAAGUAGCUAUUAGUGCAGCCAGAGCAAACAAAGCAAGAUGCGUGACUUCUUUAGCAAGUGAACAUUAAAGGAUAAUCAGUGACUUUAAUGCGCAGAACAGUGCUCCAUUAUUCUGUUGUUUGUUAAAUAUUCUCUCUUUUUUUUCACUUAAUAAAAUUUCAUAUACAUGCUAAUUUUUUGUCUUGUUUUUAAUUACGUUUUUGCACAUGUAUAUGGCUCCUUAAUACUUCUAUUGCAACAUACGUGUAAUUGUUUAUAUAUGACCUGCAUACGGCGGCCACCUCUCUAUGGCGGCCACUUUUGUCAUGUCCCACGAGUGGCCGCCAUAGACAGGUUCGACUGUACAUGUAAUUAAAUGAGAGUGCG